GUAAGUAGAAUGUGUUUGCGGGUUAGGGAUCAGCUGCUGUAGUGUCCUGGAGUCCGCUUUGGCGUUGUCAUCAACACCACGCUGCUUACUACUGUUCGUUCUUAAAUCGGCAGCACUUAAUACUAGCAGCUAGGGGUGCGCAAAGUAACGCGAUGGCAACAGAGGGCUCGGUGCAGGCGGUCAAGUCGCUCUUCGUGACGCUGCGGAGAGGCUUUGCAGGCACGCCGUGGUUUCACCGACGUGUACUUGAGUCACUAGGCCUCAAGUACCGCCACCAAUGUGUGGAGAAGCCCAACAACUCGUCCAUACGUGGCAUGCUGUCAAAGGUGCCGCACCUGGUUGUCAUUGAGACGGACCGCAUGCGCUACCUGCGCGAGCUGAAGGAACACUACCAGCAGCUACCCCGCGAGCCCUGGGUCCUGCACCACGACCCCCCGCUCCCCGCAGCAACCCCCUCCAACCCCUCCAGUCCCCUCGCCUCCACCUCCUCCAGCGACAGCGACAGCACUGAGCUCCUCACGCCGGCGCCCCUGCCGCCAUCGGUGCCGGCACAGCCGCGGCUGACGCCGUUUGCGGCGUCGCAGCUGCGGGAGCAUGUGGAGCCGGUGGGGUUAGAGGGCUACCGCGCGAACAAACAGCCGCCGCUGCCGCCGCGCAAGUACUUCCAGGAGCAGAGUCGGCGGUGGCGGGCCAAGGUGCUGACGGAGCGGGGCGUAUUCAGCGCGGAUGCCUGCCGGGAGCACGCGGAGGCGAUCCGGCCCAAGUCCUACCGGCGGCGGACAGGCAUCCGGGACUAGGUGGCCCGCGAGGGAGGUGCAGCCGGCCUGCAGGGUGCUUAGGCACAUGGCGCGUCCAGGACUGGGCUGUGGUGGGCAUUCGUGACUUGCGAGCCCUUGGCAUCUGGUUGGGGAGAUCGACACAAAGCACAUGCGCGCUUUUGGCUGGGCCGCAGACAAGUCAGCAGGUGGAGCCGAAGCAGGGCCGAAAGCAGGGCCGCAGGCGGGGCGUCAGGAUUUAGACGUGGGGGGAAAGAGUUGUCGACAGUGCGGCGACAGUAGGCCCGACGUGGCCGGAUGCAGUGAUGGGGACGUGCGACUUGGAAAAGUGCAUGGUGGGCUGUUGGUCCUGCUGGUCCUGAAAGGUGGUGCCACUAGGCCGGUCGGUCCUCCAGACUUGGAACCUAAGAACGAGCCGUGUGGGCCCAGCCUUUGGGCAGCUGGGCAGAGGGCACGUGGCAAUAAGCAGGCCAGCUAAGACACUUUGGCAGCUACGGCCAGCGGCGUCGUAAGGCUGGACAUUGUACGAAGGCAGAUACAUGAUGCGGCUUCUGCUCCCGUGCUGUUUAGUUGAUGGGAGGUCAAGGCACUACGAACCAUGUAGAGUUCAAUGGAUGGACGGUUGGCUUGCAUCCACUGAACUAAUUGAGUCGGGCACUCGGUAGUGCCUGAAAUAGCGCCUGAAUCGGUCGAGGCGUACGAUAGUCUGUGCGGUCAUGAUGGCAGGAUGUGCCACGGUAUGAAAGGUUUGGCAUGCCACAGGUCCACCCCUGGGUCCACUGCAGCACUGAGACUAGGUCACCACUCACCCGGCAUCAGGGAUUCAGGGCGCCCAGCAAGACUGAGUGGCUGAUGGACAUGGGGCUUGUGACGCGUGUUUGUGUGGCGACAUGGACGACGGCUGCUUUCCCGGGCAAUGUGGAGGCGCUGGCUGUAAGCGGCUGGAGUGCUGGACUAAUGGACAGUCUGACUUCGGCGAACCUCGCCUGUCGCUCCCAAUCCUGGGUAAAUGGGUUGAAUUGA